CAACAUUGACAGUCCUGUUGCUACCUCUUAACAGUGUGAGCUCCUCCAGAUAUCUUUGACUCAGGAAACUCAAAUUGUGGGGAUAUGACUGGUCGACAUUUGAGCAUUUACCCUUAGAAGAGGAAAAUCCCUGAUUCUCUGUUGUGACCCUUGUUCUCUUGUAGACAACAGGUAGGUGGUGCAUUAAAUAUAUAUUUUUUACUUUAUAUUUUAUCACUAGAUCAUUAGGUUUAUGGAUUGUUUUCUACCCGUGACUUGAACUAUUUGUGUAGACGACCAUGAUAGAGGAGACUUACUUGUGACCAGAACAUUGUGUCCAUUUGUACAAUUACAUUUCCAUUGGCAUACAGUUGCAUAGAAUGCAUAAUUGACCCUGCUGAAGGACUAAGAGAGCAGGUGCUCUGGCUCUCCUUUAGAGGAUAUGGCAGGAGAAUUGUUUCAGUUUUAGUAUCAGGGAGCCCCUUAGUCCAAUCCAAACUUAAAGACAUACUUCAUCCCAAAAUCAAACAAAACUAAAGUGAAAGAUUGGCACAGUUUUAUUUGAUUUAGUUGGUUUUGGAAUUAACUGAGGGUGGGCACUGUCUAAUAUUUUAAUCGGAAUAUAUUCGAUUAACUUGACGUUUAUUCCCUUGUAUUAAUGUUCUCUUUACCCUCCUGUUUUCCUCAGCUCCUCAACUAGGCAGAAUGAGAGAGAAGCUGGCUGCCAUGUCGCGAUCGCUGUGCCCCGGCUCGCAGGCCGAGUCCAACGAAGACCUAAAGACACCGAAUGGCGGCGAAGAAAAGAUGCAAAUGAAGCGCGAGAUUUCCCUCCCCAAUGGCAUCUGCCUCAUCGUGGGCAAUAUGAUUGGCUCUGGAAUCUUUGUCUCGCCUAAAGGCGUCCUCAUGCACAGCGGCUCUUACGGGCUAUCGCUAGUCAUCUGGGCUCUCGGCGGCAUCUUUUCCGUUUUCGGAGCACUGUGCUAUGCAGAGCUGGGAACCACGAUCACUAAAUCGGGCGCUAGUUACGCCUACAUCCUGGAGUCGUUUGGCGGUUUCCUAGCUUUUAUCAGGCUGUGGACGUCCAUCCUGCUCAUUGAGCCGGCCAGCCAGGCGGUCAUCUCACUGACCUUCGCCAACUACCUAGUGGAGGCAUGGUACCCCACCUGCCAGCCACCCUACGAUGCCAUCCGCCUCAUUGCUGCCGCCUGCAUCUGUAAGAGACCUGCCUCUGUUUGUUUGUUUUUACCACUAACAUUAAGUUACAAAUGAAGACUUUAUGGGCCCGAUUAAACCUAGUCCUGGACUAAAAAGCUAUUUGGCCGUGUCCUGGAAACCGUCUCUUUGGGUUUUAUCAAUUUCUAUUGGGGAUGACUAGGGUCUAGCAACAAUGACUAUUUUAGGUAAAGACUCUCAAAACAUUUCCAGAAUUGUUCCUUUGAGAGGCUUCAGAUAGAGGUGUGUGUAUUCAUGUCUGUCUAAACAUGUGAUUGUGAAGAAUAUAAUUGACUUUGCUCUAUUUCUGGAAUGAAGGGUGUUUUGGAAAGUUAUUUUUUUGUGUGUAAUGGUAGGUGGCUUUACUGUAAUAAGGCCAUAUUCAGAUAAACCACUCUCUUUAGUCACGCAAACACAUCCUCAACUCAAUGCCCAGUCAGAGCAUUAAAAUAGCCCUGCACCCACUUUGCUUUGUGUGGCUCUUGGCCGUCUGAAAUUGGCACACUGAGCUGGUAUUUAGGUUAGAGAGCAGCAAUGCCAUCAGUCAGCCACACUGUCCAGACUAGAGUUUCCCUCAGCCCAGAGACAUCUGCCACUAAUGCAAGAGAGGCUGACAGCCAGCAUGAAUGAGCUGCGAUCUGGGUCUGUGGAUCAUUAACCUAGUAACUACAGUGCUAGGUUAGGCCCAGUGCAGUAGCUCAUAUAAUGGUUAUUAGUAGGGCACUGAGUUUCUCCUGGUCAGGACACAUAAUUAGGAAAACUCUGGGCCCUAGAUUGGUUUGACUAAAGUUUGGUUUCUCCUCGCAUGCACACGCACACACACACACACACACACGCUUCACUCAUCAUUAUGGAGCGAGAGAGAUAGACACACACAUGCCAUUAUUUUGUAUCCGCUAGUAGUUUACCAUCUGUUCCAUCUGUUUCAUAGCAGUGAAGGGAUGUGAAACGCUUGCCUUUCCAUCUGCUUCAGUUACCGUUGGUUACAGAAGAUAUACUGUGUGUGUUCUUGUCUCAGUUACACAAACAGUACAGAUUAUACUGUGACAGAGAAACUAUUUUGGGAUUUGGAAGGGGUAACUCAGGACCACACUGAUAUUACAAAAACACAAAGUUCUACUAUUCCUCUGCUUUGUCCUUUUCUCCUCUACUUUGCAUCUGUUUGCUAACGCAUAUAAUCUCUCUCACUCUCUCCUCCCUCUCUCCCUCUCUCCGCCAGGCAUGCUUAUCUUUGUAAACUGUGCCUAUGUGAAGUGGGGCACCAUGGUCCAGGAUCUGUUCACCUACGCCAAGCUCAUGUCACUAAUCCUCAUCAUCAUUAUAGGUAUCAUGAAGAUAGCCAAAGGUACGAGAGAUUGUGAUGUGGAGGGGAUAUGGGCGGAAGAUUUAAAAGGAUAGUUCCCUUUUUAUUUUUUGCUUAUUGUAGACUUCCUCCAUGCUGUUUUUAAAAUUGUUAGCUAGCUUGUUAUUUAGCAACGUCCACAAGAAUCUGGCUAACAUUUUGGGGAAAUGUAGCACUGCUAGCGGAAUGGCUGCUUCCGUUAGCAGCCAUUUUAAAGGAUGGGGAAAGUGAGGGAGGGCGUCCCUUUUUGUGGAAGGGAGAGCCCUUUUCCCAUGCUUUUGAAUGCAUUGCUAACGGAAACAAUCCCUUUUCACUAGCACUGCUACAUUCUUGAAACGAUACCUUAGGGAAUUCGACGACAAGAUUAUUAACAUCCCUUAAAAGGGGAAAUCUGCAGUACAAACAAUAACAAAGCAAUUUACCCAGCCACAGUUUUGGUAAAAACUGAGGGAUGAGGCUGGAGAAAUGUAACCCCUCUCAAAUUCAUAGACAAAGCUAUGGUUACAAGGACUGACUAUGCAUGAUAUCAAAAGUAUACUUUUGAGGCUAUUUAGUGUUUGUUUACAAUUAUAUUAUUUACAAACAAUAUAGUAAAAUAUGCUUAUAUUUGGGGUUCUGAGGGGGUACAACAGUUGAACUAAGCUCAUGAGGCAUUUAGAAGAUACUGUAUAUAAGGAAUCACUGGGUAUACUGUAUAUAAUAAAUACAAAAAAAUGCUAAAUAUUAUGCCCCAAUCGCAGAUGGCCCCUUUGAAUGUUCAGAGUGACAAGGAAAAAAUAUAAAGAUAUGUAAUAGAAGGGAUUAAUGUUACCUUUCUCUUUCUCUCCAUCUCUCCCUCCUGCCUGUAGGAGAAACCCAGAACUUUCAGAAUCCGUUUGAGGGUUCCUCCAUGGAGCCUGGGCCUAUAGCUCUGGCCCUCUACUCAGCUCUGUUCUCCUAUUCUGGCUGGGACACACUCAACUUUGUCACAGAGGAGAUCCAAAACCCAGAGAGGUAAUCUCCCUGUUUUCACAUUCUUUUAUAAGGGGCCAUACAUUCUCAUGACAAGUCUUACAAGGCAUUAGAAAUGCAUGCUUUUGUUGGUUUUUUAGUUGAUCGGAUCUGUCUUAGCCCAGAGAGUGGUAGACUUGUUAGCAGGCUUUUAUACACACAACAAAGGAUCUAUCUCCUCUCUUACACUCUCAUAGCCUUCGCCCAUUAUAAACUCAAACAUAUUUCAGACUGUACUGUAUCACUGUACUCAUGCCUGAUUUAAAUCGAGUCCAGCCCAUAUUCAAAGUAGCUGCGUCAGUAGUGUCAUCCCCAAUCAGCCACGCCCCCUUCACCCAACACGUUCUGCCUUUUAGAGCAAAGACAACAUCACUAUUCAUGAUUGGACUGUAUAUUUGGAUGGUGGUACAAUGAUUACGCACUAGGGGUAAAAUGGGAGCCAAGCUCAAGGCCUAAUUUGGCAUGGUGUUGAAGAAAGGACAAGGUUGCCUCUUGAAUAGAGACACAUGUUAAAGAGCAUUGGGUUUAUUUAUAGAUGGGUCUAUUGUACAAGAGUCCGAAAAAUGUUGUUCAGGGAACCUUUAUAAUGAUAAUGGAUAAUAAACAUUUGUGUGUUUACGAAGUAAUGUAAAUGGCCUCAUCCACUAUCAUAGAUUUGUUUUCGCUGACCUAUUGACCGCUUUGAUUUCUCUGUUGCUAUAGGAACCUGCCUCUGGCCAUUGCUAUCUCCAUGCCUAUAGUGACCAUCAUCUACCUUCUGACCAAUGUGGCCUACUACGUGGCUCUGGACAUGCCCUCUCUACUAGCCAGUGACGCUGUCGCCGUGGUGAGACCCCUGACGCCACAUGCUAAAAAUAGUGCCAAAUAUGUGGCUGUUAAGAUCAUGUGACAUGUCUUUCAGCAUCUGUGUUCUGCGUUGUUAGACAGUACUAUAGGACAAUAUAUCAGAUAAACUGAGAUGACCCUUUUAUUAAUUUCAGGAAAUGUACACUACCAGUCAAAAGUUUGGACACACCUACUCAUUCAAGGGUUUUUCUUUAUUUUUACUAUUUUCUACAUUGUAGAAUAAUAGUGAAGACAACAAAACUAUGAAAUAACACAUAUGGAAUCAUGUAGUAACCAAAAAAGUAUUUUAUAUUUGAGAUUCUUCAAAUAGCCACCCUUUGCCUUGAUGACAGCUUUGCACACUCUUGGCAUUCUCUCAACCAGCUUCAUGAGGUAGUCACCUGGAAUCCAUUUCAAUUAACAGGUGUGCCUUUUUAAAAGUUAAUUUGUGGAAUUUAUUUCCUUCUUAAUGUGUUUGAGCCAAUCAGUUGUGUUGUGACAAGGUAGGGGGGGUAUACAGAAGAUAGCCCUACUUGGUAAAAGACCAAGUAAUAUUAUGUCAAGAACAGCUCAAAUAAGCAAAGAGAAACGACAGUCCAUCAUUACUUGAAGACAUGAAGGUCAGUCAAUAUGGAACAUUUCAAUAACUUUUAAAGUUUCUUGAAGUGCAGUCGCAAAAACCAUCAAGCGCUAUGAUGAAACUGGCUCUCAUGAGGACCGCCACAGGAAUGGAAGACCCAGAGUUACCUCUGCUGCAGAGGAUAAAUUCAUUAGAGUUACCAGCCUCAGAAAUUGCAGCCCAAAUAAAUGCUUCACAGAGUUCAAGUAACGUACACAUCUCAACAUCAACUGUUCAGAGGGGACUGUGUGAAUCAGCCUUCAUGGUCGAAUUGCUGCACUACUAAAGGACACCAAUAAGAAGAAGAGACCUGAUUGGGACAAGAAACGAGCGAUGGACAUUAGACCAGUGGAAAUCUGUCCUUUGGUCUGGAGUCCAAAUUGGAGAUUUUUGGUUCCAACCGCCGUGUCUUUGUGAGAUGCAGUGUGGGUGAAUGGAUGAUCUCCGCAUGUGUAGUUCCCACCGUAAAGCAUGGAGGAGGUGUUAUGCUGUGAGGGUGCUUUGCUGGUGAUACUGUCUGUGAUUUAUUUAGAAAUGAAGGCACACUUAACCAGCAUGGCUACCACAGCAUUCUGCAGCGAUACGCCAUCCCAUCUGGUUUGGGCUUAGUGGGACUGUCAUUUGUUUUUCAACAGGACAAUGACCCAACACACCUCCAGGUCGGUAUAAUGGCUAUUUUACCAAGAAGGAGAGUGAUGGAGUGCUGCAUCAGAUGACCUGGCCUCCACAAUCCCACGACCUCAACCCAAUUGAGAUGGUUUGGGAUGAGUCGGAUGGCAGAGUGAAGGAAAAGCAGCCAUCAAGUGCUAAGCAUGUGGGAACUCCUUCAAGACUGUUGGAAAAUCAUUCCAGCUGAAGCUGGUUGAGAGAAUGCCAAGAGUGUGCAAAGCUGUAAUAAAGAAAAACCCUUGAAUGAGUAGGUGUGUCCAAACUUUUGACUGGUAAUGUAGUUAUUUUACUAGAAGACAUGUUGCUGCAUGCAACAUAAGUGAUAGUAUUCUGAAUUCUACGGUGUAUUUUAAAUAUAAUAAUUAUAUACCUUUGAUAAUAUUACUGAACACAAAUAUAAAUGCAACAUGCAACAAGAUUUUACUGAGUUACAGUUCAUAUAAGGAAAUUAGUCAAUUGAAAUAAAUUCAUAAGGCCCUAAUCUAUUGAUUUCACAUGACUGGGAAUACAGAUAUGCAUCUGUUGGUCACAGAUACCUUUAAAAAAAAUGGACCUCACAAUGGGCCUCAGGAUCUCCUCACGGUAUCUCUGUGCAUUCAAAUUGCCAUUGAUUAAAUGCAAUUGUGUUCAUUGUCCGUAGCUUAUGCCUGCCCAUACCAUAACCCCACCCACCAUGGGGCACUCUGUUCACAACGUUGACAUCAGCAAAUCACUCGCCCACACGACGCCAUACACGUGGCCUGCGGUUUUGAGGCCAGUUGAACGUACUGCUAAAUUCUCUAAAACGAGAGGUCUGCUGAGCUCAAACUUGAACGUUGUGAAAAUUCUGUGCAACCUCCAGCGUGCGUUUACUGUGAACACUGAGGCUGUACCCGCUUUAGGUUACAGUUAAAGACAGUGGUCAAGUAGGCUACUGUGGAGAUCAUAAUGUAGGCCUACCAUCAAAAAACAAUGGAGAAAAUGCUUCCCAUAACAUUUUAACAUGGAAAUAGCUAUUUUAUCAUUCAGCCUACAGUAGCAGCCAAUGAGUGAUGUUCAAUGUAGGACUACAUUCCAUGACGCUUUUGAAAAAAACAUGCAGGGCUUAACAUUAACCUGUUUAUCCACUUGUCCUUCAGACAAGGAGGUGACUGAAAAUGUUGUGUUGUUUGAUGCAAGAAACCACUUUACAAAAUAAAAUGUUAUUCCCAUACCAUUAUUACAGAGAAUCAGAUAAAUUAUGCUACCCUCUGCUUAUUGGCUACUUAGCUUAUUCAAGCCUGUCUCAAAAUACAACACUGCCCUUUAAGACAAAAAAAAGCUAUAUAUCCGACUGGCUUUUCAAAGAAGCAAUCAUUCCCCCAUUGCUGACUACAAAUGAUCUACAACUGGGCUAAUAACUCACUAACUAGCAAAGGAUAUGAACAAGUGCACAUGUGGGCACAUGCAACUCUCACUUUGAUCUCAAAACAAGCGCAUCUACUCACGACCGCACAGAUCCGUUAUGGCAAUGGUCUAUUUGCAUAUAGGCCUACUGCAGCUCUGAUUGGUUAUGCCGCUCCGGUCUGUGUAGAUGACGGGCGGAGUCAUGCGUGUCAAUGCAAUAGAAUCCUACUCCGAUGCAUUCUGCCUACAACAAAAUCUCUUGCAUAGUUAGUUUUGCAUAGUAAGUCUUGCAUAGCUAGUUUUGUUUCGGUAAGUUGCAUACAAAGUGGCUAAUAUUGCGUUGUUUCGAUCACAAUUCCCACAGUAAAGGGAAACGUUGAUAGUGUUAACUAAGGGUGGAAAAUCUAGAAAGUUGAGUGAAGUUCAAUCUCGUGCUUCUCUGUGCGGGCUGAUAUUUCUUCUGCGCGGUAGUCCCGGGGAGCUGCACGCCGGCUUUCAGCUUAGAGGGAACAUUGGUUUGAUGUGGCUUAUGGUAGAGAAAUUAACAUUAAAUUAUCUGGCAACAGCUCUGGUGGACAUUCCUGCAUUCACCAUGCCAAUUGCACGUUCCCUCAAAACUUAAAUUAUCUGGCAACAGCUCUGGUGGACAUUCCUGCAGUCACCAUGCCAAUUGCACGCUCCCUCAAAACUUGAGACAUCUGCAGCAUUGUGUUGUGUGACAAAACUGCACAUUUUAGAGUGGCCUUUUAUUGUCCCCAGCACAAAGUGCACCUGUUUAAUGAUCAUGCUGUUUAAUCAGCUUCUUAAUAUGCCACACCUGUCAGGUGGAUGGAUUAUCUUGGCAAAGGAGAAAUGCUCACUAACAGGGAUGUGAACAAAUUUGUGCACACAAUUUGAGAGAAAUAAGCUUUUUGUGCGUCUGGCCCCGUGUAGCUCAGUUGGUAGAGCAUGGCGCUUGCAAUGCCAGGGUUGUGGGUUCGAUUCCCACGGGGGGCCAGUAUGAAAAUGUAUGCACUCACUAACUGUAAGUCGCUCUGGAUAAGAUCGUCUGCUAAAUGACUGAAAUGUAAAUUUCUGGGAUCUUUUAUUUCAGCUCAUGAAACAUGGGACCAACACUUUAUAUGUUGCGUUUAUAUUUUUUGUUCUGUGUAUUUUACUCAACCCAUUUCGUCUAAUCCCACAGACUUUUGGAAAUGCGGUCCUGGGACCGUUCAAGUGGAUCAUUCCCAUUUCCGUGGCCAUGUCCUGCUACGGAGGACUCAACGCCUCCAUCAUCGCUGCCUCCAGGUACUGACCACAUUUAAAGAGAGAGUUCACUUUUUUGAAGCUUUAGCUUUUUUUAAAAUUGAUCUAAGGUGUUGUUGUUUCAUCAAAAUAUAUUUUAAAGUUUGUUAGAUGGUUAUUUAGCAACCAACGUCAACAAUCACCCGGCUAGCAUAAUUGGAGCAUGUAGCAUGCUAGUGAAAAUGUAUUGAACUAGUUAGUGGUCAUGGAAAGCCAGAGCUUUAUCCCUUCAGUGACUGGCAAUGGACGUUAUCUGAGAUAUUUGAAUGUCCUACAAUCAACUUGUGGUUAGAUCACUUCAGAUAUUAAAAUCAAGUUUUAGGUCUGAAGCGCUGAAACCAUUUCCUUGCGGCUGCUGUAUGCCCUGUCCAGGUUGUUUUUCGUGGGGGCGAGAGAGGGACACCUUCCAAACAGUCUGAGUAUGAUCCAGGCGGAGCGCUACACACCUGUGCCCGCCCUCAUAUUCAACGUGAGUGACAUCACAUCUCAGAGCAUAAUGCUCUCUUUUGAUAUCGACUGUAUAGUAUAUCUCUUAGGUCACAAGUGCGUGCCAUGGCAACCCAAAAGGAAUCUAUGAUCUAUCUUUAAAAGUCUAUGGCGCAUUCAGAUCAGACCCACAGUAGAACGUCACUGAUCCCUGGGUUGUGUGUUCUUGCAGGGGUUGAUGGGCUUGAUCUUCCUGUGUGUGGAGGACGUGUUCCAGCUCAUCAACUACUUCAGCUUCAGCUACUGGCUCUACGUGGGCCUGUCUGUGGCCGGCCUCAUCUAUCUGCGCUUCACUCAGCCAGACAGACACAGACCCGUUAAGGUAAUGUUAACAAGAUUGGUGUCUGAGUUUGUGUGUUUGAUUGACUUGUCUCUCUCUCUUUUUAUUUCUGUCUCACACACAUACAGAUGAGAGAGGGAUGCCAAUGGAUGAGUAAACUUGCAUCUGCAUAGUUGUGUAUAAUCACCAUAGUUUGACCUGCUGUAUCCUGGCUAACCAUUGGCUCCUCUCCACAGCUCUCCCUGUUCUUUCCCUUCGUUUACUGCCUGUGCAGUCUGUUCCUGGUCAUCGUCCCUCUAUACGGAGACACCAUUAACUCCCUCAUAGGGAUCGGCAUCGCCCUGUCUGGAGUGCCUGUCUACUACGUGGCCAUAUACCUGCCUGAAGACAGGAGGCCCAAGUUUAUAGGCAGACUAAAUGGUAAGGAUCAGAGCUAGAGACACACAGACACAGGGCUGGUUUCCCGGAGCCAUUUUAACACUACUUCUGGACUUGAAAGCAUGCUAAAUGGAAUUAUUUUUUUGAAAGUGCUUUUUAGUCCAGGAGUUUGUCAAACCGUCCCCAAUUUUUGCAGAACAUUACUGUAACAUAUUCAUAUGCAUUAUAGCUAGAAAGUAACUGUCUUGGAAGUUUUGUGAUUUUCAAUUCUAAUUCUGCCAUUUCAUGUAUGAAGAAAUAUGAUUUCAAUGUGUGUAGCAGACUGGUGUGUCCACACAUUUUCAUGUGUUGAGGAUUCAUAUGUUUAAGAGUGAAAAGUGUGACCGAAAAAUCUAAAGAUGUGGUAUCUUUUUAGAAGCAUGUUAGUAAAAGGUGCUAAGGUGGAAGUCUGUAGGAACGCCUGAGUUUAUUGGGUGGUUGAUAAACAAAAGUGCCACUGUAGGCAAGAGACAGUUAGAUAUACACUGAGUGUACAAAACAUUAGGAACACCUUCCUAAUAUUGAGUUGCACCCCAUUUUCCCCUCAGAACAUCCUCAAUUCGCCAGGGCAUGGACUCUACAAGGUGUCGAAAGCGUUCCACAGGGAUGCUGGCACAUGUUGAGUCCAAUGCUUCCCACAGUUGUGUCAAGUUUGCUGGAUGUCCUUUGGGUGGUGGACCAUUCUUGAUGCACACGGGAAACUGUUGAGCAUGAAAAACCCAGCAGCGUUUCAGUUCUUGACACACUCAAACCGGUGCACCUGGCACCUAAUACCAUACCCUGUAAGGGUUGGUGUGAGGUGUGACCCAGGUACGGUACAGGAUAGACAGUAGGCAAGGAUGGUGAAACAAGGAUCUUUACUGGUGGUCCAAAAGCCAGGAUACAAAAUAAUGGACUAUUCACAAAAACAAAUGAGGAGCACAUAGGUCUCCAAACAACAGACUGACAACAAACAAUACAAAAUACUAACUCUGACUGGAAAAACACAAUGACACAGGGAGAACACUUCUCGAGUACCUGUAACUCCGUCACGUGAUCCAACACUGAGACGUACUGCUUGACAUCAAGGAACUAGCAGAGACAACUGAGCAAGGGAACACAGGGAAGUGAGGGCAUAAAUACACAGGUGAAUCAGAUAGCCACAGGUGACACCAAUAGGCAGAUAAUUAGUCCCAACUGUGAGUGAGGAGGUGCCUAUGGUUGUCGGAGGAUGACCCCUAGUGGGUCGCUCCGGAACUGCGACCCACUCCUGUAGCAAUACCCCGUUCAAAGUCACUUAUAUAUUUUGUCUUGCCCAUUCACCCUCUGAAUGGCACACAUACACAAUACAUGUCUCAAUUGUCUCAAGGCUUGAAAAUCCUUAUUUAACCUGUCUCCUCCCCUUCAUCUACACUGAUUGAAGUGGAUUUAAUAGGUGACAUCAAUAAGGGAUCAUAGCUUACACCUGGAUUCACCUGGUCAUUCUAUGUCAUGGAAAGAGCAGGUGUCCUUAAUGUUUUGUACACUCAGUGUAUUUACUAUUCACGGUGACGGAAAGGAUAAAUUACUCCUUUUGGGGUUUUAAGAAGGUUAUCGUCACUGUAGCAACCACAGUUAUGUCUGUUGUUACAAAUUGAUUGUUGUGCAUCCUAUCCAUGUUGACCUCUGAACAACAAGUCCUCAGUGAGUGUAAUUUGAUUAGACUGUUUUUAGACUCAGUGGUUUGUUUUUGGCUGUGGAUCUGGGGACUAGGAGUAUAUCAUAAAAUGUGGUUCAGUGAUGUGCCAUGUUUGUCAGUCCACAAUGUCACACUCUGUCCCUGAGCUGUGCUUAUCAAGCCCCAAUGUGACUUAGUCUGGUGUAUCACAUUAAAGAAACCACAUAUAUCAAAAUGUAUUUUGGCUUUCCCAACAUAAACUCUGACUGACCUCUUGUUUACAUCUCUCGCUCUCUCUCUCUAUCUGUCUCUCUCCCCCCUCCCUUUUCUUGCCAGCUUGGGUCACCAAAUACACCCAGAUCAUGUUGUACUGCUGUCUGACUGAACUUGAUGUGGAGCCAGAGAAGCUAGCAGACAGCAAAACUCAGUGAGGAGGCCUGGUGGCCCCCCACUCCUCCAUGCCACGCAUGAUGCACAUGCCUGGAACACGAAACCUGACUGAACCGUGCGUGGACAAAGGCUGCACUGAAGGGUUGGCUGGAGGGGGCUCGAUGCUUGUACCACAUUGCAUUCUCAAAGGCUUUCCAUGUCUUGAGGACAAAAGAGGAGCUGGUACUUGAUCAUGUGCGAAGAAACUGAUAACUGUGGGAUUAUUCAAUUUUUUUUGUAAACAUAUUAUAUUUUCCUAUAAGAGUAUGACUGCUCAUUAUGUAAUAUGCUCAUUGUAAUAUAAUGUAAUGUCCUUACCCAUGUUCUUCUUCAAGUGUUUAUACCUUAAUGUUCCUCUAAGAGGUUUACCUGGUUAUUUCUAUGGAUAGCACUUACAGUACAUGUCCUACAGAUCUGACAGUCAACAGUCCUUGGCUUGUGUCUUUUUCUGCUGAGUCACUGAGUCACUUUAUGCUGAGUCACUAAGUGGGGGUCUAACAAUGUUAUGACUUACAAAACAUGGCCGAAUGGACCAAUCGGUAUGCUGUAAAUUACAUACAGUAGCACUAAUCACAUAACACAUGCAUUAAUUACAAUAUGAGCUCUCAAACAGGGAUUUGGUUAUUAAUGUGUUUUGUUUUUAAUUGCUCAAUGAUUAUAUUUUAAUGUGCUACUACCUAAAACUUUUGUAGCCUACCAUUUUAUUUAGCUAGGCUUGGGCCCAAUGCAACCCAUUUUUAUCUAAUUUCAAAUAAUUUCUGGGUAACAAUU